ACACGUCCAGUACGGGUUCCCCACUUCCUUCCCGCGCGCUGAUUGGUCCUCGCGGCGCGGCUCGACCAAUCAGCGGCCUCGGCUCGGCCCCGGAAUGGCUCCUGCACGAAAACAUUGGACGUCGAUACUGGCGGAGGCCUCGAGAAAUGGAAUGUGUUAGUGAAAGGCUCAGAGAGUUUAGCAGAGAUGGAUGUUGACGUCAGUGGAACGAGUGUAUCAGACAGCGAGGGGUGUGGGAAUGGCCCCUCGUCGGGACACAUGAGUGGCCAGGGUGGGGUGGGAGGCGGCAGCAAGUUAAAGAGGUCCAGCAGCGCCCCGAUGAUCAACCAGCUGGUGCCGCAGGGGCCCGCCUCCACGCCGCCCAUCUCCAUAUCAAGCCGUGAGGUGCUGAGCGAGGUGCCAGGCAGCCAGCCACGGGUACGGAGGUUCAGCGCAUCCUUUGGGCCCAUUUCUCCUCUGUCUCCUGGCAGCUCCCGAGGCAGUGGGCCACUACGAGUGUGCCAGCUGCGGGUGGAAGAGGGCAUGGACGUGGUGAACCGGGAGGCAGCCCACGAGAGGACGGUUCAGUCCACCCUCCAGAUCACCGACUCCCUGUCUCAGUCGUGGGAGGACAUCACACUGACCGAGGAUGCGAGCCGGCCCAAGUCCCACAGCAUGAGCACCAGCGUGAACCUACAACCCAGCGCAUCAUCGGCCCCCAUCAACGUGGCCAGCACUGUCUCCUCCAUCGUCACCAGCACCAUGACCGGCGGCACGGCACCUGUGCGGCGGGACUACACGGACCCGCUGCACCUCACCAUAGUCCCCUCCAUGACCACCCCGGGGUGCGGGGCCUCUCCCACGCGGGGUGUUGGGCGGCAGUGCUUCUCACCGGCCCUCCAGCAACACGUGCGGAACACCUCCUUCUGUCCCUCACCGUCUCCCACCAAGCGCACCAUCACCCGCCGCAGUCUCAGCCCCAUCGCCCUGCGACCCUCACCCCUUGGAGCAGGACUCAAACGCAAAUGGGACAUGGAUGAUCGGUGUGAGCCAUUCUUGACCCCCAGCAAGCGCGCCUCCACCUGUACCCCAGACCGAUGCAUGGGAGGACUUCUCAUGACUCAGGCCCACAGUGUUGGCAGUCUGGAAAGCACGCCGAGCCCUGCAGGUCCAGGGUCCCUUGGCAGCGUGGGCACCCCAGACUCUGUGUGUUCCUCUGGCUCCCCAGGCCUCUCUGCCCCACCGUAUUCUCCCGCCUCCAUUGCCGAGACUGCUGGCCCCACCCCCGACCCUCCCCCACACCUCUUCAAGCCUGUGUCUCCGGCUCUGAACACGGACCAGACGGCCUCCUUCAGGAACCAGGAGCACGGUGGUCGCUAUGGGGGGCAGGACCCCGGGGACUGCUUCGGCAGCCACGACCACAGCGACCACUUCAGGGGCAGGGAGUCCAGGGACCACUUUGUUGGGCAGGAGCAUAACGACCAUUACCGGCAACAAGAACAUGGUGGUUCCAUCGUCGGCCAGGACCACCGGGACCAGUUCGGGGCCGGGCAGCACAGGCCAGCCUACGAGGGGCACGGGAAGGGCGGAGACACAAGUGACGGCAGCAGCAACGACGCGAUGAUCACCGAGGAUGUACCGGCCAACGACCUCAAGAGCUACCAGGACAUGGACCUGAGCGAGUCAAUAACACAGUCACCACUCAACAUCUGACAUCACCUCUGACUGUCACACAUGAUGCUCACCCGGCACCGCCUUGCUGCUGCUGACGCGGCGGCGGCGGUGGCAGAGGCCUGGUGCAGCGGCAGUGUGAACAGUGUUGCUUUUCAUUGUAUACCUUACAUCAUCUAGUGUUAUCUGUGAAGAUAUAGAGUGCUCUAUGUGAUAUGUAGACUUCCCCUUCAUAACUAUCCUGCAGAGCUGUGAUGUCAUGUUUUGUGGCAGGUGUGCACUUCAAGCAUCGUGUGGUGUAUUUAUGUACCAUUUGAGGAAUGAAUCUUGAACUCCCAGUGAACUGUUGAUGUAUAUUUAGAACCCUGCAUUUAUGUGCAAAGUCCUCAAACGUAUGAGGAAAUAAUGAUAUUGGUCAGUUGAAGCUUUAUGUCACAUGUAAUUUAAGAAGUGUUGUCUUCAUUCUUCCUUUUAGACUUUCUCAUAAUUGUGAUAUUUAUCAUAUUGACAUUUCUGGACUGACUUCUACAUAUCUAUCAUAUAAUGUGCAUCAGUGUUGUAUAGCUAAACCACAUUACUCCUUCACAAGUGUCAUGGAUCAUGUUAUAUCAACUAGUCGCAGUGUAUAAAGCAUUAUACUUUAAGAUUGAAAACAUUUGUGUGCAUAGAAAAAAGCAAUGAAAAUGAUGUGAGAGGUUUCUCCAUUUGCAAAAAAAUGUUCAGGUUUCUCUUGUGCUGUGGAAUCAGUUACUCAAGAUAUAGAACAAUAUACAAUAGAUGCGUUAUAUACUAAUAGCUAUACAAAUAAUACAGUAGGCAUUCAGUGUUCCAAUCCAGUAUGGACUGUAAUGUAGUGAAUUAUGGUUGUUUUGUGUCGUUACUAACUAGAAGCUGUACGUGAGCAGACCAGCCAAUGGAAACCCAAAGAGUUCUUCAUGAAAUUCAGAGCUUGAGAUUUGCAAGCUGUGAAGGUUACUGUUUUCAAAAUGUAUUGACCAAUACAGUAAUGAAAUUAGAAUUUAAGCAUUUGUAGGGAAAACAAAUAUUUGAAACAUUCAGUUUGUGUAAAGAGUGAAAACAUCGGUGUUUCGGGUUUUCACUUCCAUCUGAUAAGAACUGAUGGUGUAAGAGUUUCAACACAACUACUAACAUAUGCCAACUUAAUGUUGUUAGAUAUUAUUUUUUCUUUAGUAUGUUGCAUAAUUUUCAGUAACAUAAGAAUGUUUGUGUGUAUUUGUGUUUGUGUGUGUGUGUGUGUGUGUGUGUGUGUGUGUACACGUGCAUGUGUGUGUGUACACGUGCAUGUGUGUGUGUGUGUGUGUGUGUGUGUGUGCAACAGGGACGUAGCUAAAGAUUUUGGGGUCUGGGGCUUGGCUCCUUGAAGGGCCCCUUCCAGCAUCAGGGUAUUUAUAGGGGGCCUCCCAGUCCUUCCAUAAUUUUUAGAUUGAUUGAAAAUAUACAUAUCUUGAGAUUCCCCCUCACCUGCACCAGGUGUGAGGGCUGCAAGUAGCCAUUUGAACUAUCCUGUGUGGCUCAGAAUUGAGUCUUUUUUCCUUCCCUCUGCUCUCAACUUCAAGCACAAUUCUAGAUCAUUAUGCUUAAAAUGUCAUACCUGUUGAGACUGUCAUCUAUUCAAAUUGAAUUACAGAAACUGAGUUGUACAAAGUGGUAGCAUUCAAGUUGCAUUGGAUGAGAACAGUAUACAUACAUACAUACAUACAUGUAUAUACAUACACACACUUAUUCAGCAGGAAGAGAAAUAAGGCAGAGCUUUGUGUCAGAGAUGAAUCAUGUUUCCAAUGAAGUGUUUCCUUCCCGAGAGACUACGUAAAGUGCUCGUGUAGUAAGAAGUGUGCAGCAGCCGACUAACUAUCCCACCACUCUGUCUUUAUCCCUGAGGCACAGCAGCCUCAAGCCCCACUGACAGUGACUUUGCCCAGGAAGCCGCACCACAGCACCAGCAACAGUCGAAUCUCACGUGUGGCCUUCACCCCUUUGUGUCACACCCUUCCCUUGAACAUGGCUGGCAGUCACUCUGUGCACCCUGCCAGUCACACUUACACAGCAAUAUUUCAGCUGAUUACCAAUGAGACAUUUCAUUUGUGUACUGUAGGUUCGUCCUGGGGGUUGUGCUUCCUCGUUUAAUUUUCAAAGGGCAUUUUGCCUAAAGUUGAUAUGCCAGUAGUUGAAAUUACGGGCACCUCUCCAUGAGGCUGUUCCAAUGCCAACAUAUAUACCGAGACAAAUGUCUUGCCUCAAAGGAAAUGUUGCUCCAUGAAGUUAUUUGUUUUUGUUGAGAAUUGUUUUUCACCCAGUGUUAUGCUCAGCUUUUGUUCAUUGUUGCAUGUGUCAGCAUGUUACCACUUAGUUUCUAGCACCAUAUUUGUCUCUGAGUGGCCAAGAGUGCAGUGUGUUGGUGCCACCACACAGGCAUACACUGUUGUUGCUGUGUGGUGGGCAGUGUGCUGUGUUGGUGCCAUCACACAGGCAUACACUGUUGUUGCUGUGUGGUGGGCAGUGUGCUGUGUUGGUGCCAUCACACAGGCAUACACUGUUGUUGCUGUGUGGUGGGCAGUGUGCUGUGUUGGUGCCAUCACACAGGCAUACACUGUUGUUGCUGUGUGGUUGCAAUAUCUUGUCAAGGAGACAUUCAAGACACUGCUGUGGAAAUAUAUAGUACUAUCCUUUUAGCCACAAACAGUUUGCCACCAUCUGUAUACUAAAGUGUCGGAAAAACAUUACAUUCCCCAGCAUAGUAUCUUGAGAAGCAUAUGCUGGCAUUACCUGCCUUAAAUCAUCUGUCUGACCACUUAUGCUGCAUUAGCUUUGUGUAUAAACCCAUCAUACAUCCUCUUUGGGGCUGACUGCUUGCUCAAGGUUAUGGAGAGUGUAGUAAGUGACUAGCUCCCCACUGCAUUCCUUUCCUGGGAUAAAUUAUGGUCUCAAUCAGUUUGGUGGAACAAUUUCAUUACCAAUUUGCAUGUUUUGGAUCUUCAUGUUUGGCAUCAAAAGUUGUGUGUCAAGUACUUGUAUACAGCACAAAUGCAACACAUGAAAUUGUUCCUCCUCACAGCAGGCCAACCAACCAAUAUAUGCACAGCGUCAGGUCCUAGACAAGCACCUGUCAUUCAUACACACGAUUCCGUGAGUACCUGGUGUUGUCACUCUGUCUCGUCACAUCUGUGAUCUAUUGCUUCAGCUUUUUGUUUCUUCUUUUAAAGACAGCUAAAAUAUUUUGUCACUUCAAAGAAUUUAUCAAUUCAUCACAUUGUCAUACUCUGUAUAAAGUUUCUGAGAAUGCUAAGCAUCGUAUGUGUCGUAAUUAUGGAUUCCCGUGGCAAAUGGAGUACAUGUGUGCAGAGCAAGAGGUGAAAACUGUCAAGUGAAUGUAGAUUUCAUAGGCACUAAGUGGGAUUGUUAUACAUCAAGAUGGACUCCUGAAUGACUACUGUAUAUAUUAUAAACUACAAACAUAUAGAGUCUUGUGCUGAUAUUUUGAUAUUAAUAUUACUUAAAUGAUUUUGGCCAUAAAAUUAGUAUGAUGUAGUGAUAUAUGCCUCUGUCACUAUUUUCAAGCAGUACAUUGUGUGUUACUAUGAAUCUGUGAUUCAUGAAAUAUUUGAAAACUUGGAAAUAGAUCAAUUGUCAGUCA